AUGGUGAUGAAGAUGGUAAAGAAUAUGGUGCAGAUGAUAGUGUUGAAGAAGAUGAUGAUGACAAUAGUGCGACUGAUGAAGAUGGUGCUGCUGACAAUGGUGAAGAUGAUGAAGAUGGUGCUAUUGAUGAAUGAGGAAGAUGAUGUAGAGGUUGCUGAUAGUAAGGGCUGUGCUUGUUGGGUUGAUGAUGAUGAAGAUAUUGGGACUAAUGAAGUGGGUGCUAUGGAUGAUGAAGAUGGUGCAGAUGAUAGUGUUGAGGAUGAUGAUGAUGAUGAUGAUGAUGAUAAUGAAGACAAUAGUGGGACUGAUGAAGAUGGUCCUGAGGACGGUGACGAUGAUGAGAAUGGCGUGGAAGAUAGUAUUGAAGACGUUGUUGAUGAUGAUGUUUGUGGUGUGGAUGGCUGUGAAUGCUGUGAGUUUGAUGAUGAUGGUAAGGAUAAGGAAGAUGAUGUGGAGGUUGCUGAUAGUGAGGGCUGUGCUGGUGGGGUUGAUGAUGAUGUUAGUGGGACUGAUGAAGAUGCUGCUAUAAAUGGUGAAGAUGCUGGAGAUGAUAGCAUUGAAGAUGUUGUUAAGGAUGAUGCUAAUGAUGGUGAUGAAGAUGGUAAGGAUGAUGAAUAUGCUGCAGAUGACAGUGUUGAAGAAGAUGAUGAUGACAAUAGUGCGACUGAUGAAGAUGGUGCUGCUGACAAUGGUGAAGAUGAUGAAGAUGGUGCUGUUGAUGGUAUUGAAGAUGUUGAUGAUAACGAUGUUAAUGUUGGUGAUGAAGAUGGUGUGAAUGAGGAUGAUGAAGGCUGUGAGUUUGAUGUUGAUGGUAAGAAUGAGGAAGAUGAUGUAGAGGUUGCUGAUAGUAAGGGCUGUGCUUGUUGGGUUGAUGAUGAAGAUAGUGGGACUAAUGAAGAUGGUGCUAUGGAUGAAGGCUGUGAGUUUGAUGUUGAUGGUAAGAAUGAGGAAGAUGAUGUGGAGGUUGCUGAUGGUGAGGGCUGUGCUGGUGGGGUUGAUGGUGAUGGUAAGGAUGAGGAAGAUGAUGUGGAGGUUGCUGAUGGUGAGGGCUGUGCUGGUGGGGUUGAUGAUGAUGAUGUUAGUGGGACUGAUGAAGAUGCUGCUAUGAAUGGUGAAGAUGCUGGAGAUGAUAGCAUUGAAGAUGUUGUUGAUGAUGAUGAUGAUGUUAAUGAUGGUGAUGAAGAUGGUAAAGAAUAUGGUGCAGAUGAUAGUGUUGAAGAAGAUGAUGAUGACAAUAGUGCGACUGAUGAAGAUGGUGCUGCUGACAAUGGUGAAGAUGAUGAAGAUGGUGCUGUCGAUGGUAUUGAAGAUGUUGAUGAUAACGAUGUCAAUGUUGGUGAUGAAGAUGGUGUGAAUGAUGACAAAGUGUGUGAGUUUGAUGUUGAUGGUAAGAAUGAGGAAGAUGAUGUAGAGGUUGCUGAUAGUAAGGGCUGUGCUUGUUGGGUUGAUGAUGAUGAAGAUAUUGGGACUAAUGAAGAUGGUGCUAUGUAUGAUGAAGAUGGUGCAGAUGAUAGUGUUGAGGAUGAUGAUGAUGAUGAUGAUGAUGAUAAUGAAGACUGGGGGGACUGUGGGACUGAUGAAGAUGGUCCUGAGGAUGGUGACGAUGAUGAGAAUGGCGUGGAAGAUAGUAUUGAAGACGUUGUUGAUGAUGAUGUUUGUGGUGUGGAUGGCUGUGAAUGCUGUGAGUUUGAUGAUGAUGGUAAGGAUGAGGAAGAUGAUGUGGAGGUUGCUGAUAGUGAGGGCUGUGCUGGUGGGGUUGAUGAUGAUGUUAGUGGGACUGAUGAAGAUGCUGCUAUAAAUGGUGAAGAUGCUGGAGAUGAUAGCAUUGAAGAUGUUGUUGAGGAUGAUGCUAAAGAUGGUGAUGAAUAUGGUGCAGAUGAUAGUGUUGAAGAAGAUGAUGAUGACAAUAGUGCGACUGAUGAAGAUGGUGCUGCUGACAAUGGGGAAGAUGAUGAAGAUGGUGCUGUUGAUGGUAUUGAAGAUGUUGAUGAUAACGAUGUCAAUGUUGGUGAUGAAGAUGGUGUGAAUAAUGACAAAGGCUGUGAGUUUGAUGUUGAUGCUAAGAAUGAGGAAGAUGAUGUAGAGGUUGCUGAUAGUAAGGGCUGUGCUUGUUGGGUUGAUGAUGAUGAUGAUGAUGAUGAUGAAGAUAGAGGGACUAAUGAAGAUGGUGCUAUGGAUGACGAAGGUGGUGCAGAUGAUAGUGUUGAAGAUGAUGAUGAUGAUAAUGAAGACAAUAGUGGGACUGAUGAAGAUGGUCCUGAGGAUGAAUGCUGUGAGCUUGAUGAUGAUGGUAAUGAUGAGGAAGAUGAUGUGGAGGUUGCUGAUAGUGAGGGCCGUGCUGGUGGGGUUGAUGAUGAUGGUAAGGAUGAGGAAGAUGAUGUGGAGGUUGCUGAUGGUGAGGGCUGUGCUGGCGGGGUUGAUGAUGAAGUUAGUGUGCUUGAUGAAGAUGCUGCUAUGAAUGGUGAAGAUGCUGGAGAUGAUAGCAUUGAAGAUGUUGUUGAUGAUAAUGAUGAUGUUAAUGAUGGUGAUGAAGAUGGUAAAGAUGAUGAAUAUGGUGCAGAUGAUAGUGUUGAAGAAGAUGAUGACAAUAGUGCGACUGAUGAAGAUGGUGCUGCUGACAAUGGUGAAGAUGAUGAAGAUGGUGCUGUCGAUGGUAUUGAAGAUGUUGAUGAUAACAAUGUUAAUGUUGGUGAUGAAGAUGGUGUGAAUGAUGACAAAGGCUGUGAGUUUGAUGUUGAUGGUAAGAAUGAGGAAGAUGAUGUAGAGGUUGCUGAUAGUAAGGGCUGUGCUUGUUGUGUUGAUGAUGCUGAUGAAGAUAGUGGGACUAAUGAAUAUGGUGCUAUGGAUAAUGAAGAUGGUGCAGAUGAUAGUGUUGAGGAUGAUGAUGAUGAUGAUAAUGAAGACAAUAGUGGGAGUGAUGAAGAUGGUCCUGAGGAUGGUGACGAUGAUGAGAAUGGCGUGGAAGAUAGUAUUGAAGACGUUGUUGAUGAUGAUGUUUGUGGUGUGGAUGGCUGUGAAUGCUGUGAGUUUGAUGAUGAUGGUAAGGAUGAGGAAGAUGAUGUGGAGGUUGCUGAUAGUGAGGGCUGUAGUGGUGGGGUUGAUGAUGAUGGUAAGGAUGAGGAAGAUGAUGUGGAGGUUGCUGAUAGUGAGGGCUGUGCUGGUGGGGUUGAUGAUGAUGUUAGUGGGACUGAUGAAGAUGCUGCUAUAAAUGGUGAAGAUGCUGGAGAUGAUAGCAUUGAAGAUGUUGUUGAGGAUGAUGCUAAUGAUGGUGAUGAAGAUGGUAAAGAUGAUGAAUAUGGUGCAGAUGAUAGUGUUGAAGAAGAUGAUGAUGACAAUAGUGCGACUGAUGAAGAUGGUGCUGCUGACAAUGGUGAAGAUGAUGAAGAUGGUGCUAUUGAUGGUAUUGAAGAUGUUAAUGAUAAAGAUGUUAAUGUUGGUGAUAAAGAUAGUGGGGAUGGUGAUGUAGGCUGUGAGUUUGAUGUUGAUGGUAAGAAUGAGGAAGAUGAUGUAGAGGUUGCUGAUAGUGAGGACUGUGCUGGUGGGGUUGAUGAUAGAGAUGAUGAUGAAAAUGUUGAAACUGAUAAAAAUGGUGUUAUUAAUAGUAUUGACGGUGAUGAAGAUGGUGUGGAUGAUAAUGUUGAAGAAGCCAAUAGUGGGACUGAUGAAGAUGGUGAUGAGGAUGGUGAAGAUGAUGAUAGUGUUGUUGAUAGUAUUAAAGAUGUUGAUGAUGGUAAAGAUGAGGACGGUGUUAAUGAUGGCGCUGAAGAUGGUGUUGAUGAUGAUAAUGAGGGUGACAAACUAGUUGGUGUUGAGGAUGAUAGAGAUGAUGACAGUGUAAAUGAUGGUAUUGAAGAUUGUGUAGAUGAUAGUAAUAAUGGUGAUGAUGACGAAGACAGUGGGGCAUGUGAAGAUGGUGCUGAGUAUGGUGAAGAUGAUAAUGAUGAUGUUAAUUUUGGUGAUGAAGAUGGUGUGAGUGAUAGUAUUGAAGAAGAAGAUGAUGACGAUAGUGAGACUGUUGAAAAUUGUUCUGACAAUGGUGAAGAUGAAGAUGGCGUUGAUGGUGAUAAAGGCUGUGAGUUUGCUGAGGAUGAGGAAGAUGAUGUAGAGGUUGCUGAUAGUGAGGGCUGUGCUUGUUGGGUUGAUGAUGAUGAUGGUGGGCCUAAUGAAAAUGGUGCUAUGGAUGAUGAAGAUGAUAGGACUGAAGAUGUUGAUGAUCUUGUUAAUUUUGGUGAUGAAGAUGGUGAAGAUGAUAGUUUUGAAGAUGAUGAGGAUGGCAUGGAAGAUAGUAUUGAAGACGUUGUUGAUGAUGAUGAUGAUGAUGAUGAUGUUCGUGAUGAAGAUAGUGUGGAUGGUGAUGAAGGCUGUGAGUUUGCUGAUGAUGGUAAGGAUAAGGAAGUUGAUGCUGCUGAUAUUGAGAGCUGUGCUGGUGCGGUUGAUGAUGAUGAUAUUAGUGGGAAUGAUGAAGAUGGUCCUAUGAACGGUGAAGAUGGUGGAGAUGAUAGUAUUGAUGAUGUUGUUGAUGAUGAUGGUAAUGUUGGUGAUGGAGAUGUGAAAGAUGAUGAAGAUGGUGUAGCUGAUAGUGUUGAAGAAUAA